GGGCCGCGGCCGCCGCCAGGGCCGGAGCGGGGCGAGACCGGCGGCCGGAUUUCGGGAGGGCGCAGCCCCCCCCGGCCAUGGGGCAGGGCGAGUCGCAGCAGGAGGCCGAGGGCUCGGUGCUGAGGGGGCUGCUGGCCGCCUUCGGCAGGGAGCAGCUCCCGGCGCGCGCGGUGCUGGGGACCAUCCUGUGCCUCGCCGUCCUCGUCAUGGCCGUCGCCGCGCUGGGCUGGUGGCUGCGCCUCAAGAAGGCGCCCGCGCAGGAGCCGCCGCGCUACCGCUUCCGCAAGCGGGACAAGGUCCUGUUCUACAGCCGCAAGAUCAUGCGUAAGGUGUCCCAGUCCACGUCCUCGCUGGUGGAUGCCACCACGGCCGGCGGCGCCGCGCGGCCCCGCAGCCGCAAGAAGCUCAAGGUGCUCAGCAUCGCCAAGAAGGUGUCGGCCAGCUUCCUGCGCAUCCAGAAGGAGCCGCCCACGCUGCAGCUGAAGGAGCCACCGCCCUCGGUGCUGGAGGCCGACCUGACCGAGUUCGACGUGGCCUCGUCGCACCUGCCCUCCGAGGUGCUCUACAUGCUCAAGAACGUCCGGGUGCUGGGACACUUUGAGAAGCCGCUGUUCCUGGAGCUGUGCAAGCACAUGGUGUUCCAGCAGUGCCAGCAGGGCGAGGACGUGUUCCGGCCCGGCCAGCCCGACACCAGCAUCUACGUCCUGCAGGAGGGCAAGCUGGAGCUGCUGCUCACCGAGACGGACGGGAAGGAGACAGUGAUGAAGGAGGUGUUCCCUGGGGACAGCGUCCACAGCCUGCUCAGCAUCCUCGACGUCAUCACGGGCCACCAGCGGCCGUACCGGACGGUGUGUGCCCGCGCAGCCGAGGACUCCACCGUGCUGCGCCUGCCGGUCGAGGCCUUCUCGGCCGUCUUCGAGAAGUACCCCGAGAGCCUGGUCAGGGUUGUGCAGAUCAUCAUGGUGCGGCUGCAGCGCGUCACCUUCCUGGCCUUGCACAACUACCUGGGCUUGACCAACGAGCUCUUCAGCCACGACAUGCAGCCCCUGAAGCUCUUCCCGCAGCCUGGCCACGCCGCCCGCACCAGCCCCGUCCGGCACGGCAAGCGCGGCCUGGGCAGCACCGACGAGGGCCGGGACACCGCCGAGCUGAUGAAAGCCGCCGGCCUGGAGGCGCCGGCGCCGCCGCCGCCGCUGAGCCGCUGCAUCUCCAUGCCCGUGGACAUCUCUGGCAUCCAGAAGGGUCCGCGCUCCGAUUUCGACAUGGCCUACGAGCGCGGGCGCAUCUCGGUGUCGCUGCAGGAGGACAGCACCGGCGCCUUCGGGCAGGUGUCCCAGGAGCCCAAGGAGCGCAAGUCGGUGACGCUGGAGGAGCAGCCCUCGGGGAUCUACCACUACAGCUCCUGCGAGGAGGACACGGCCACGGGGACAGGGACAGGGACAGGGACGUGUCCCUUCGGGCCCUACCAGGGCCGCCAGACCAGCGACAUCUUCGAGGAGGCCAAGCAGGAGCUCAUCAAGCUCAUGAAGAUCGAGGACCCUUCUCUCCUCAACAACCGCGUCCUGCUCCACCACGCUAAGGCUGGCACGGUCAUCGCCCGCCAGGGCGACCAGGACGUGAGCCUGCACUUUGUGCUCUGGGGGUGCCUGCACGUGUACCAGCGCAUGAUCGACAAGGAGGAGGACGUGUGCCUGUUCCUGACGCAGCCCGGCGAGCUGGUGGGACAGCUGGCCGUGCUCACCGGGGAACCCCUCAUCUUCACCAUCAAGGCCAACCGUGACUGCACCUUCCUCAAGAUCUCCAAGUCCGACUUCUACGAGAUCAUGCGGGAGCAGCCCAGCGUGGUGCUGAGCGUCGCCCACACCGUGGCCGCCCGCAUGUCGCCCUUCGUGCGCCAGAUGGACUUCGCCAUCGACUGGAUGGCCGUGGAGGCCGGCCGGGCGCUCUACAGGCAGGGGGACAAGUCGGACUGCACCUACAUCGUGCUCAACGGGCGGCUGCGCUCGGUCAUCCAGAAGGGCAGCGGCAAGAAGGAGCUGGUGGGCGAGUACGGCCGCGGUGACCUCGUGGGCGUGGUGGAGGCGCUGACGCGGCAGCCCCGGGCCACCACGGUGCACGCGGUGAGGGACACGGAGCUGGCCAAGCUGCCCGAGGGGACCCUCAACAACAUCAAGCGCCGAUACCCGCAGGUGGUCACCCGCCUCAUCCACCUCCUGAGCCAGAAGAUCUUGGGGAACCUCCAGCAGCUCCGCGGGCCCUUCGCAGGGUCCGGCCUGGGCAUGGCCUCCAGCUCGGAGCCCAUCAACCCCACCAGCAACCUGUCGACGGUGGCGGUGCUGCCCGUGUGCGACGAGGUGCCCAUGGCGGCCUUCACGCUGGAGCUGCAGCACGCGCUCAACGCCAUCGGCCCCACGCUGCUCCUCACCAGCGACAUCAUCCGCGCCCGCCUGGGCUCCUCGGCUCUGGAGAGCAUCCAGGAGUACCGGCUGUCCGGCUGGCUGGCGCAGCAGGAGGACCUGCACCGCAUCGUGCUCUACCAGACCGACUGCACGCUGACCCCCUGGACGCUGCGCUGCAUCCGCCAGGCCGACUGCGUGCUCAUCGUGGGGCUGGGCGACCAGGAGCCCGCCCUGGGCGAGCUGGAGCAGAUGCUGGAGAACGCGGCGGUGCGGGCGCUGAAGCAGCUGGUGCUGCUGCACCGCGAGGACGGCGCCGGCCCGGCGCGCACCGUCGAGUGGCUCAACAUGCGCAGCUGGUGCUCGGGCCACCUGCACAUCCGCUGCCCUCGCCGCGUCUUCUCGCGCCGCAGCCCCGCCAAGCUGCGGGAGAUGUACGAGAAGGUGUUUGAGAAGAGCGCCGACCGGCACAGCGACUUCUCGCGCCUGGCGCGCGUCCUCACCGGCAACACCAUCGCCCUGGUGCUGGGCGGCGGCGGCGCCAGGGGCUGCUCGCACAUCGGGGUCAUCAAGGCCAUGGAGGAGUCGGGGAUCCCCAUCGACCUCGUGGGGGGCACCUCCAUCGGCGCCUUCAUCGGCGCGCUCUACGCCGAGGAGCGCAGCGCCGUGCGCACCAAGCAGCGGGCACGGGAGUGGGCCAGGUGCAUGAAUUCCGUUUUUGAGACCGUGCUGGACCUCACCUACCCCAUCACCUCCAUGUUCUCGGGCUCGGCCUUCAACGCCAGCAUCAACCGAGUCUUCCAGGACAAACAGAUCGAGGACCUGUGGCUGCCCUACUUCAACGUCACCACGGACAUCACGGCCUCGGCCAUGCGGGUGCACACGGACGGCAGCCUCUGGCGCUACGUCCGAGCCAGUGCCUCCUAUACCCCCUACCUGCCUCCGCUCUGCGACCCCAAGGACAGCCACUGGCUGGUGGACGGCUGCUAUGUUAACAAUGUCCCAGGCUCGCUCUGGCGCUACGUGCGCGCCAGCAUGACCCUCUCGGGGUACCUGCCCCCGCUCUGCGACCCCAAGGACGGCAACCUCCUGAUGGACGGGGGGUACAUCAACAACCUGCCAGCCGACAUCGCGCGCAACAUGGGCGCCAAGACGGUCAUCGCCAUCGACGUGGGCAGCCAGGACGAGACCGACCUGUGCAACUACGGCGACUCCUUGUCCGGCUGGUGGCUCCUCUGGAAGCGCCUCAACCCCUGGGCCGAGAAGGUCAAGGUGCCGGACAUGGCGGAGAUCCAGUCGCGCCUGGCCUACGUGUCCUGCGUGCGGCAGCUCGAGGUGGUCAAGUCCAGCUCCUACUGCGAGUACAUCCGGCCACCCAUUGACCGCUUCAAGACCAUGGACUUCGGCAAGUUCGAUGAGAUCUACGACGUGGGCUACCAGCACGGCAAGCUGGUGUUCGAGGGCUGGAGCCGCGGGGACAUCAUCGAGAAGAUGGUCAAGGACCGGCGCUCGGCCGACUUCUACGAGAGCAAACGCAUGGACGUGCUCACCUGUCCCAGCGCUGGUUUCACGGACCUGGCUGAGAUCGUGUCGCGCAUCGAGCCCGCCCAGCCCUACCUGUCGGACGGCUACGGCGACGAGGAGUCCGAUUACCUGACCGAGUACGAGGACGAGGGCCCGGAGUCGCUGCGGGGCGAGGAGGACGCGGCCGAGUGGGGCAGCGCCGAGGCCGAGGAGGAGAAGCCCCUCCGGCACCGCCCGAGCACGGCCGGGACCCCCCCGCCCCCCCCCGCGGACCCCGACGGCUUCUGAGGGACCCCCGGCGGCACCGCCCCUCCCCCACCCGCGCCCCGGGACCCCCGAUGUCCCCUCAGUGUCCCCCCCCCCUGCCCGGGUGGCCCUGGGGUGACACUGGGGGGGGUCCCCGGACCCCCAAUGUCCCCCCAAUGUCCCCCCCCUGCCCCUGUGACCCUGAGGUGACAUUGGGGGGGGUCCCAGGACUCCCAAUGUCCCCUGAUGUCCCCCCUGUCCCCUCCCUGCCCGGGUGGCCUUGGGGUGACACUGGGGGGGGUCCCAGGACCCCCAAUGUCCCCUGAUGUCCCCCCUGUCCCCUCCCUGCCCGGGUGGCCUUGGGGUGACACUGGGGGUCCCCUCAAUGUCCCCUCAAUGUCCCCCCCACCUCUCUGAGAGGCCCUGGGGUGGCACUGGGGGGGUCCCGGGACCCCCAAUGUCCCCUCGAUGUCCCCUCAGUGUCCCCCCCAGCCUGGGUGGCCCUGUGGGGUCCCAGGACCCCCAAUGUCCCCUCGAUGUCCCCCCCACCUCCCUGAGAGGCCCUGGGGUGUCAUUGGGGGGUCCCCGAUGUCCCCUCGAUGUCCCCUCCCUGCCCGGGUGGCCCUGGGGUGACACUGGGGGGGGGUCCCAGGACCCCCAAUGUCCCCCCGAUGUCCCCCCAAUGUCCCCCCG